AUGACAAAUCACCGGUGUAGCACUUGCGGGAAACGAUUUGAGCUGAAAUCGUAAGUAUUCAGAAAAUAAUUUAAAAAAGCGAUGGUCUACGUCUUAACAAGUUAGGGCCACGUCCCCCGAACUAUUGCAGAUAUCGAGACAAACACGAAAAGCGAAUGCACAAAAAUGGACAGAAUACGGGCGGCGAGGACGAUGAGCCGGAGAGCAAAUCACUCAAAUGCAGCAUGUGCGACAAGGCAUGAGAGAAACGUUCGGAAUUCUGAAAAGAAAAUUCCGUUCUUCCAGACAUUUCCCCGACUUUCCCAUCUGCAACGUCAUCAGAUGACCCAUUUGAACGUGCGAAACUUUGCGUGCGCCUUUUGCGACGAAAAAUUCGUUCAAAAAGCGCAUCUGACGAGGCACGUGGCACGCAAACAUCCGAACGAAUGCGGACAGACGAGGAGCGAGUGGUUCGCGUGCAAAAAGUGUGGAAAACUGAUUGCCACCUUGUUCGAGCUCAACAGACAUCAGAAGGUAGAAGAGGAGAAGAAGAAAAUUGAUGACAACAUUCAGUUUUCCAGACGGCGCACCGUCUGCUUCGCUGCAAAAAGUGCUCGGAGGUAAUCGAAGGACACGAAGCGAUUCUGCGUCGCCAUCAGAUGAUGUGCAGAAACGAGAGCAACAUUUGCGCGCAGUGUGGCGCCUCGUUCGCCAGACCCGCCGAUCUGAAGGCCCAUCAGACGACGUGCCUGAACAAAGUCGCAUUUGUGUGCGUGCCCUGCGAAGAGUACUUCAAACAGAGGGUUCAGGUUGGAAAUGGAACGAGGAGGUAGCAAUUGAAAUCGUGUCGUUUUCAGCUGGACCGUCACAUUAACAGACUGCAUUUCCGGUCCGCAAAGUGCUCGAAAUGUGAGCUUGUCACAGAGUCGCCCGUCCAAAAUGCACGGCACGCGUUGGAAUGUUCCAAAAUCGUCAUGUUAGUUAACGAAGGCUGGGCAAAAUGCCUGCCGAGGCCUGGACUUUUGGACUACUUGCAAUAUGCAAUAGGCCCAUCGGAUCCAAACUUUGGCCAGAUGAUCCGCGCGGUCUGAAACUGGACCCCAUACGCUUCAUCCAAGUCUAAGAAGCCUUAAAAAGAUUUAUCCCCAUCGGAAUAUUGCAAGUUGCCCAAAAGUUCAAGAUUUCGAAAAGCCUGGGCCCCAAAGUCACUCAAAAUUUUCAGCUGCGGAUACUGUAAUAAAGCGGAUCCGGAGCCCGAGCAUAUUGCCGAAAAUCACUGGAAAAAACUGAAAAGGGCCGUGAAAGUGAGAAUAGCGAAAAAGGAGGCUGAGGCGGAGAAGAAGAAGAAGAGAGAAGUGGAGAGUGAUAACGUUGUGGAGGGAAAUAAGGAUUCUGAAGAAGAGGAAGAAGAAGGCGUUGGAGAAAUGCCGUUUGGUAAUGAGCACUUUGAGCAUGAUCCAGAGACGAGAGAUUUCAACGAUUCGGAUGACUUGCUCUUUGAUAGUUUUGCUGGUAACCUUACACAAUCCUUGCUCCACGAUUCCCUCCUAAUUUUCAGAAUCCACCUCCUCCGCACAACUCGAUUUUUCGUCGUCGGCGUUCGCAGAAGAGGACGACGUGCCGGAAGAGUAUCUCACGUUUUCGAUUUGUCCGAAAGGCACCGAUUUGUCGUACGAAUUCCGAGGCCGACUUCCCCAACGACUCGCAGACCUUUUUCCCGAACUCGAGACCACCUGUGAGCGCUUUUUUUUUGGAGAAUUUCCUUGAAUUUUGAUAGUUUCCCACAGAUUUCCCAUAAAACUUUCCAGAAAAUCAGAAAAUUUUCAGCGAUUGUACUUCUGAAUUGCGUGGCGGCGUCACGAACCCGAAUAACUGUUCAAGUGCCGGUGCACAUCACAAGAAACGGUGCGAACGAGGAGGAAAUGCGCGGAUGGAUCGGAACUCCGAUUGUUCUCGAUUAA